GGGCAGCGGGACCGGGCGGGACUGACCGGGCGUCGUAGCGGCGGCGACUGCGAGCCGAGCCCGGAGCAUGGCAGGGGCUGGAGCCGCUGCAGAGGCUGCUGCUGGUUUCCCUCCUUCGCCGCCUCCUCCCGCCCGCCGGGAACUUUUCCUAGCGGCUGGUGGCGGUGCCUCUCUCCGGUGGUGGCAGCGGCGGCGGCGGCUGCUGCGUUCGGCAGUGCCUCCCGGGCCGGGGCUGGGGCUGCUGGGUCUGGUUUUCUCUCGUUUCUGCUGCAGUGCCUUAGCUGGACCAGUUGUUGAUCCACAUGUGACAGCAGUUUGGGGGAAGAAGGUUGCACUGAAAUGCAUAAUUGAUGUAAAUGAAACAAUAACACAAGUUUCUUGGGAGAAGAUAUAUGGUAAAAAUUCACAGACUGUUGCUGUUCAUCACCCUGAAUAUGGAAUAUCUGUUCAAGGAGAAUACCAAGGAAGAGUGGCAUUUAAAAAUUACUCACUUACUGAUGCAACAAUCAUCUUAAAAAAUGUAAGCUUUUCUGAUGCAGGAGAAUACGUUUGCAAGGCAGUUACAUUCCCACUUGGAAAUACACAGUCAUCAACAACUGUAACAGUAUUAGUUGAACCUGUUGUGAGCUUAACAAAAGGACCAAACCCUCUAAUAGAUGGUGAAAAUAGGACAAUAGCAGCCACUUGUACAGCAGCCACUGGAAAACCUGCUGCACAGAUUGACUGGGAAGGAGGCCUUGGUGAAAUGGAAUCCACCUCUACUUUGUUUCCAAAUGAAACAGUGACAGUUGUAAGCCACUAUGUGAUUGUCCCUACGCGAUUUGCAAGAGGAAGACACAUAACUUGUGUUGUGAGGCACCCUGCCUUUGAAAAGGAGAUACGAUACCCUUAUGUGCUGGACAUACAGUAUGCCCCAGAAGUUUCAGUAACUGGCUAUGAUGGAAAUUGGUUCAUUGGAAGAGGAAAUGUUCAGCUCAAAUGUAACGCUGAUGCAAAUCCAUUGCCUAUGGAAUUUAUGUGGACCAGGUUGGAUGGACAAUGGCCUGAAGGAUUGUUGGCUGUUAACAAUACUCUGCAGUUCAGCAGCCCUUUGACUUAUAACUACACUGGGACUUAUAUCUGUAAGGUGACUAAUGCCCUUGGUCAGAGAAGUGAUCAGAAGACUAUCUACAUAUUAGAUGUGCCCUUUAAGCAGACAUCUUCUGUUGCUGUAGCAGGGGCUGUGAUUGGAGCAGUCCUUGCUCUUUUUAUCAUUACCAUCUUUGUGACAGUGCUGCUGACCCCAAGGAAGAAAAGGCCAGCCUAUCUUGACAAAGUGAUUGAUCUUCCACCCACUCACAAACCAGCCUCGUUUGAGGAGAGAACACUGUCAGUACCACAGAAAGAAGUUAUGCUUCAGAAAGAACAUUUUGCUUUGCAGAGCCAGUAUGGAGAGAGAGAUGCUGGAAACUUGCAGCACAUGAAAGGUGUGAAUGGAAGGCAACUUACUUGUGGGGCUGAAGAGCCACAGGAACAAGAGGAUCUUCAGCCUAUGUAUCCUGUUUAUCAGCAAACUUACUACAAAAAUUGGAGCAACAGAUACCCACAAAACUCAGGACCUGGAAGAGUCUACAUCAAUCCAAGGGAGCAUUAUGUAUGAUUCUGUACCCAGAUGUCUUUAACAAGGGUUUUAUUACCUGUUGACUGUAUGACCCUCACAUCUUGUUGGCUUUCAUCUCUAAAAAUAUUAGGGUUUCUUUCAUAUGUGAAGAAAUUGAAUUUUAUAUAGGUAAACAAUAUGGAAUUUGAGACUUGCUUCUAGUCUUUGGUAUGUCUUUGUUAUUGUAGUAAUAUCGAUCUGUCAAAAGAGGAGAGCCACUUAGCUUUAUUAACCUUCACAGUCAUAAGAUGCAUAACCUGUAUUAAUUGGUUGGCACAUGCCAAAAUGUAGUUAAGCUUUUUCACUGACUAUCUCUGGGAGCAAUCUCUCUGGAUAUUUUACACUAACCUUACCCAUACAUAUGAACAAGACAACUGACUGCCUUGUGACAUUAGCAGUCUCAGGCUGAGACAUCUUUUUUUCCAUCUCAGAAAACUUGAGAUAUGAUUUUGACUGGCCUUUGCUAUUGAUUUCUCAACCAUCUCUACCUCUCUCAGUCAAAUGAACAACUAGACUACCUCUCAAAUACUGACUGGCUGGUCCAUAAACUACACUGUUUGUCUUCUCACCUUGUUAAAAGUGAAGCAAUUGCCUUACAUCAAAAGCUUAUUAAUGUUUCUUGGUUCUGCCUGUUGCUGGCUUUGGUUUUACAGUUAGCUCUACAUGAAACUUAGUUAAAGGAGGUAGAUGACUAGGCAGACAGAACUUUUUGUGUCUUUUGUGAAGCUACAUCUUACCCUUAAACUGCUAUUUAGCUGUUUUCCCAAGUGACUCCUAUUUUAGAUGCUGCAGAGUUUAUUUUCCUUCAUAAUAAAUACAUUCCCUAUUUUUUUUCUCAGUUUGCAACAAAACUGUGUAUCAUGUCUUAGCAAGAAAAGAAAAGCUUCAGUCAACUUCAAAUGCUUGUCAGAACUAUCCUUUAAUCUUAACCAGUGGUGUGAAGUAACUGAAGAAUGUCCUGAUGUUACCAGUGCUAACAGUAUCCCACAUGAAUCUUUGUGUGUCUGUAGUAAUGCUUAAAAUUGUGCUCAGCAUCUUUCCAGAAAAAUAACUUUUCCUGUCAACUAAAAAGUAACUAUUUAGCAAGUAAAAAAUGCUAUAAUGUGUUAGUUAUAAUGUGUUGGUGCUGAAAUGAGCUUAUAGGACAAUCUUAAAAUAUUUUAAGACAGUAGAAAAAUGUGUCUAAAAUCUUCCAGAGAAACUUAACAGACUUGAGUAUUCUUUAAGUACAUUAUGCACGUAAGUACAGAAUGAUGAUCUUCAGUCAGAUGAUGUGAAGGACCAAAUGUUAAGAAUGGCUGUAUCAUGCUGAACUGUCUGUUGUACAGAACUGAGCAUUACUUCUGGGAUAUUAGUGUGUUUCUCUGCAGAUGUUUGGAAUUUUUUAGAGGCUAGAGUCAAGCUUUAGAAGCAGCAGAAUUGAAAGCUAGCAUAGGUGAGUGUGCUGCUGACAGGGAGCCAUUGUUAAACCUGUAUUCAACCUGCAUUCAUCUCCAUCACAGUACAAUUUAAUGAGAUCCCUGUCCACAACAGGGACAGGUAAAUUAAAUGCUUCUAGCUCGUUACAGGUAGCAGCUAGGAGAUUAUGGCUUGGGUGCCUGUAUUCUGGACACAGUAGAAGUAGGUAUUAACUAUUCUCUUGCUAAGCAGCUUUCUGUUAAAUGGUGUGGUUGAAGUUGACAACUGAAGGAAUGGCAAAAAGAAAGGUUGGACAAAACCUGCUUCCUGGGAGCUAUCUUUGAAGCGUGGUCACCUUGCUUCUUCUCUUAGGAACUGGGCACAUUCAUGUAAAUUGAGGAACUGUUUUCUAUUUUAAAAUUUCCUACUGUAUUUGAGACCUAAAGAAGGGCUUGUGUCCCCCAAAAAUGUUUUUCCAUAAUGUUAGUUUAAGUAGCUACCUCUUUACACGAGCAUUGCCUCGCCUAUCCUUACAUUACUGCAGCUCCAAAAAGCAUCAGCUGUCAGAGCAUUGAAAGAAAACAGUGUCUUGGCCAAAAGAGUGACAGAACACUGAGAUUAACUAUACUGCUUAAGAUAUUUUGAUCAAUAUUACUGAGCAAAACUUGAUACCAAAAAUAUUUGAAUAGACAUUAUAGAAUGGUUCAAAACUGUUGGUGUGGCAGUGCUUCCUCGGCAUUCAUUAGUACAAUGUGGUAUUGAGCAGGUGAUCAUUGCAAUCCCUUUUGCAAAAAACAAUUAUUUUGGAUUCAGACCUCUUCUACUGCUUUUUAUAAUUAUUUGCAGAUACUUUAUUUUUCCUUUCUUGGAAGAGUUAAAACUUUGGGGGAAUGAAGAAUGCUAUCAACAAAGCUAUAAUUGAUUUUUUAAUUUAUGUAAAUAGCUUAAAAAUAAAAAUGUAAUCUGAGUAUGUUGUCCAAGUUACAUAUCAACAAACUACAGAAAGCUUGAUUUGCAAACUACCCAUCCGGAUGUAGUUUGUCCUAAAGUCAUUAGGGAAAUACAUUAUCACCUACAGGUUUAUUACCUGUGAAAAAUGGUUUCUUUGUAAUCUGUUCAGGGACAUUUAGUGUAUUAGCUUUUUGAAAUGUUGCUUUUAGUUUUAAAUGUGGCUAGAUUUGGGGGAAGGGGAUUUUGGCAUAGAUUGCUCAGAAGAGAACAGAAAAAAUGUCUGCUGAUUAGGCUUUCUCACUGAAAGGAUUGUACAUAUAGAAGUAAGUUUGAUCUGCUUUUUUAAGGUGUAGAAAAUGUCUUUUUUAUUUUUGUACAUUUUCAAAUGCUUCUAUUUGUAAUUUGAUUGGAAUAAAAACAUACAAAAUAUAAAAUUUUCUUCUGUUGUUUAGAUUUAAGAUUGCUUAAAAUGCAAAGUCUGGUAAAAUGCAUACACUUUUUUGGUGGUAUGUCUCAUCUGUGGUUGUAUAUGCAGAGCAUGCUUUUUUUCCUAACAGUACCACUUUGGGAUAGUGUGGUGUUGAAUGCUGAAAUCCUUUCAACUUUCAUCUUACAUAGCAGGAAGCAUGUAGUACUGUGAAAAUCCAGCACUUAGAUGAACUGAACACCCAGAAUCACUGGUGAGGGAGGUAGGGAAGGAGGGGAAGAUUAAUUCUCAUCUCUAGCAUUGGUAAAUGUAAAUUGUCCUCUGCCCAAUAUCUCUACAUUCUACAAGGUAGUCUGAUUAUAAAAAUUUAAUGUUUGGCAUAUGUCCAAAAUUACUGUGGAUACAAUACAAAUUAAAAUUAAGAAAUUGUACAACUAAAAGUAAGGAAACACUUAACAAGAUAUUAUUAAAGGACUCCCACUGUUCAGUCACAAA